CGAAAAUAGCUAGUCAGGCGACGAAAGAUAAGAAGUUGACACGUGAAGAAACUUUCACUGCCAAUCCCAUUUAGGAGGAAAUGGGACUAUUCUUUUUCCGUAAACAGAUGGGACGUUGAUGAUGGAAAAGUCUACCCAUGGCUGCAAACCAGAACUGAGAUCAUACUCGUAGAAAUCUCAAGUACAUAUAGAUCCUUCUCUGCAAAAUACUUGCCAGUUUCUUGAUUCCCCCUGAUGCAUAUUUUAGAUUUGAGAAUAUAAAAUCCAGUUCCUCGCCGAAAAAAAGGAAGAAAAGGGAAGUACUAGAUUAUAUCUGUGUAUAUAUAUAGAUCCUGUCGGAAUUUGGCCCAAAGCAUGAAGAUGAAUCAGCUAAUCCUAACACUUGCCUUAUUAACAACCUUCAACCUCCUACAACCUCCUUUGACAGAUGCUAUAACUAAAGGAAGGUUGGCUACAGUUCUAAGCAUAGACGGAGGGGGUAUCAGAGGCAUCAUUCCCGGCACCAUUCUUGCUUUCCUGGAAGCCAAACUUCAGGAACUCGAUGGACCGAAUGCAAGAAUCGCAGAUUACUUUGAUGUAGUUGCAGGGACUAGCACAGGUGGGCUUGUCACCACCAUGCUCACUGCCCCAAAUAAGGACAGCCGCCCUCUUUACGCUGCCAAAGACAUAACCAGCUUCUACUUGCAAAACUCCCCCCAGAUCUUUCCCGAGAGCAGCCGCAAGGACGUGGUAAAAUCGCUUACAAAUUUGUUGGGAGGACCAAAGUACGAUGGCAAGUACUUGCACUCGUUGAUAAAGAGACUAUUGGGCAAUCUCACCAUGGAAAACACGUUAACAGACGUGGUCAUACCCACUUUCGAUAUCAAGCGCCUUCAACCGAUUAUCUUCUCCACAAUUGACGCCAAAGCAAAUGCUUCUAAGAAUGCUCUGCUAUCAGAUGUCUGCAUCAGCACUUCCGCAGCACCCACCUAUCUUCCACCGUACUACUUCGAGACCAAGGACGCACAAGGGAACAUACGCAGCUUUGAUCUCAUUGAUGGAGGAGUUGCUGCUAAUAAUCCAACUCUGAUGGCCAUAACCCAUAUUUCCAAACAAAUUUUGACGGGCCAAUUUCAAUUGACGGAUUUGAAGCCCAUGGAGAGCAAUAGAAUGCUGGUGUUGUCGCUAGGCACAGGAAUGGCCAAAAACGAGGAAAAAUACACUGCCGCAGCGGCUAACCAGUGGGGGUUGCUGGGAUGGGUAUACAGCAAUGGUGCCACGCCGCUGCUGGAUGUUUUUGGUGCUGCAACCUCUGAUAUGGUUGAUAUACACGUUUCAACCCUCUUCCAAUCACUUGGCAGUGAGAAAAAUUACCUUCGCAUCCAGGAAGAGGGAUUGACUGGGGAUGCAUCAUCAGUUGAUGUCGCAACCACGGAAAAUAUGGAGACUCUAGUCCAGAUUGGCAACAGCCUGCUGAAGAAGCCAGUGUCGAGGGUGAAUUUGGAGACCGGAAGAUCUGAGGCUGUUCAAGGAGAGGGCACCAACGAAGAAGCUCUUACACAAUUUGCCAAGCUGCUUUCGGAUGAAAGGAAGCUCCGACUAGCCAACUGACGAUUCUCGUCUUAGAAUGUUUUAUUAGCAUUUUUUUUGGUUUUGUUUUGUAGGCAUUUUACUAGCAUCCAAAGGAUUAAUAUCCUUUUCUCGCCGGGCUAAAAAAUUCCAAGCAUUCAUUUCUCUCUCAGAUGGUUGAGAGAUCAUUAAUUGCUCGAUUCUUACGCAUGUCAAAA